CCAUUAAACUGGUCAAAGCAGCUUCUUUCUAAUUCACCCCAUCAACCCAUUUUCUAUUAUUUUCCUCAUAAAAACUUUAGUUUAUACACUCUUUUGUCACAAAAUAUAUUUUAGGGCUUUCUGUAUUUCACACUUUCAAGAAAAUUCCCCUGUUAAAAACUCUGUAGACAUCUAUCCCCCCCUCUAAAUCCCACCAAACUCUCCUUUCUAUAAUCUUUGUCUGGUACCCUCUUCCUUGAUUCUUUAAAUUUGUUAAAUUUUGCAAAACUUAUACAAUAAAGACUCAAUCUUGCUUGUCUCAAGUCUUGUUUUUUUAAUCUUUCUUAUCUUGGGCUAGUAUAAACAAAGAUAAAGAUCGGUAAUAUACACGAAUAUGUUAGUUUUAUAAAAUAAUACAUGUUUUUCCAAUCAAUUUAUUCUUGAAAACACAAGAAAACACAAAAAACAGUUGUCUGAAACUGAAACUGAAACAGUAACAAGAUGCUGCUGUUAAGAAUAAUAAUAAGAAUAACCGAAACCCUUGUUAGGGGUGUUUGAAGGAAGUGUCUUUCUUUAUCUUUGUUGCUUGUUGUUCACUGUUUGUGGGGGUCUUUAUUUGAUCUAACUCUAUAGUCUAUACAUACAUACCCCUUUCUCUCUCUUCUUUUAUUGUUGCUUCAAGUUUUUACAUGUUCAGGCUAUUUAUUAUAAUUAAUAACAGGAGUUGUUGUUAUUAUUAUUAUUUUUAUUUUUAUUAUUUUGUUUUGAUUGUUUUUGGGUGAGUUGGGAUUGGAGUUUGGGGAUUAUUGAUUCAUCUUCUUCAUGAGAUGAUGAAUCUGAUGGUGAAGUUUAUGUAUAUCUUCUUGGUGUUGCAAGUGUACGCCAUUGCUGGUUCUUUGGUUGUUCAAGAAUCUUCAGCUUCUUCACAUUUCGAGGCUGCGUCAGGACCCGAAGGAAGUAAACGCCUUGGACCUUCAUCAUCUCCAAACACUCCUUUAAAUGAACCACCACCAGAUGUUGCAGCACCAAUUGCGUCAAUCCCAGAUGGAUCACCACCAAGCCCACCAGUCAUCCCGCCAACCUCCCCCGUUACCGUGCCACCAAUUCCUCAGCCGGAAAAAGGACCCGCUGUCAAAUCACCAGUCUACCCACCAACAGCUUCAGUAGAAAUGACAUCACCACCAAAAAAUGCGGUUCAAAAUCCACCACCUGUGGCCCAAGCGGCACCACCAUCUAUGUCUCAAGCACCACCACCAUCCAUUUUGCCUGAGCCUGUUACACAACCGCCAACCAAAACACCGGUAGCAUCACCGCCGACAUCCCCUGCAUUGCCACUUCCUGCUGAAUUACCGCCAAGCACAUUACCGAGUUCACCGCCUUUGCCGCCAAGCACAUUACCAAGUUCACCCCCUAUGCCGCCAAGCACAUUACCAAGUUCACCGCCUAUGCCGCCAAGCACUUUACCAAGUUCACCCCCUAUGCCGCCAAGCACAUUACCAAGUUCACCCCCUAUGCCACCAAGCGCAUUACCAAGUUCACCCCCAAUGCCGCCAAGCACGUUACCAAGUUCACCCCCUGUACCACCAAGCACAUUACCAAGUUCACCGCCUAUGCCGCCAAGCACUUUACCAAGUUCACCCCCUAUGCCGCCAAGCACACUACCAAGUUCACCCCCUAUGCCGCCAAACACAUUACCAAGUUCACCGCCUAUGCCGCCAAACACAUUACCAAGUUCACCGUCUGUAACGCAUGUACCUACUUCUAACCUGCCAGCCCCUGUAGCAUUGCCUCCGAGCACAUUACCAACAAGUCCACCUCCAAGUCAACCAGCAUUGACCUUCCCUCCACCAAAAGCUUCACCUCCAAGUCCCUCUGCAUUGACCAUGCCUCCACCGAAUUUACCAGCGCCUGUCGCAUUACCACCACAUGCAUCCCAAGUAAACGUAACACCGCCUCAGCCUAUAUUUGCACCACCUCCAUCUAAUUUAUCAGUGCCUGUUGCAUUACCUCCAAGCAAUUCACCACCGAAUUUGCAGCCGAUCCACCGUAACUCAUCCAUGCCUCCUCCAAACUUACCAGAGCCUCAUAUCUCUCCAGUGUCACCGCCUAUUCUUCCGUCACCUCCAAAUCGAACAACACAUGAUAUUGCUCCAACUCCACCUUCUCCUGUUAAAGCUCCAAUCGGGCAUAAAGCUCCGAGCUCAAGUAACCAUGCUCCUCCUCCACAUUCAACGGAUGAAUCUCCGCCUACAAAAUCUCAUCCACCGCCAUCUUUACCACCAGUGUAUCCACCGCCACCACCAGGCCCAAAGAUUAAUCCAACCCACCACACCCCUCCACCGUCAGCUGGUCCAGAGAGUAAUAAUUCAAGGCACCAUGCUCCUACACCACCAAGUUUAGGUUCAGCGGUGCCUCCAGUUGAAAACUCGAUUUCACCUUCAAUCUCUCCACCUGGACCACCUACAAUUUCUCCAUCUGUACAAACCACAAUGCCGGUUCUUUCACCCAAAGUUUCUCCCUAUAAUCCACCAAGAAUUCCAAAGCCGCUUCAAGCAUUACCACCUCCACCUCCCAAUGAAGAUUGUUUAUCAAUGACAUGCAUGGACCCAUUGACCACUACACCUCCCGGAACACCAUGCAAGUGUGUUAGGCCUAUGCAAGCUGAGCUCAGGCUUGGUGCUUCACUGUACAACUUUUUUCCGUUGGUAACUGAGUUGGCAGUCGAAAUGGCUGCUGGCCUCUUCAUGAGCUCAAGUCAAGUUAGGAUCAUGGGAGCAAACGAAGAUGCUCAAGAUCCAGAAAAAACGAUCGUUAUCGUUAAUUUGGUACCCCUUGGUGAAAAGUUCGAUAACUAUACAGCGUAUCUAACUGCUCAAAGAUUAUGGUUGAAACAAGUGCCUAUAAAGUCCUCGGUUUUUGGCGAUUAUCAAGUUUUGUUCGUCAAAUAUCCAGGUCUUCCUCCUUCACCACCUAUGCCAUCUUCUGGCAACGGUGGAAAUGGUGGACCCUACGGUCAUGGAAACAAUGGUAGGGACGUAAAGCCGAUUGGUGUUGAUGUGAGUAAGCAAAGGCAUAACAAUAAGCUUAGCGGUGGCGUGAUCUCUAUAAUAGCCUUGUCAGCAGUUGUAGCCGUGGUUCUAGUCUGUGUUGCGGUUUGGGUUCUGGUGGUUAAACGUAGGGAUCAUGCGGCUCAGUCAGGACCCUACGCAUCAGCUAAUUUACCUUCUGUCUCAAAAUCGUCAGGUGUUGGUGGAUCAGUGACAGGGAGUGGGGCCGAGUCAGCUUCGCUAUCGUUUCGGUCUACGAUAGCGUAUAAUGGAUCUGCAAAGACAUUUAGUUCGUCUGAUAUUGAGAAAGCAACCGACAAUUUCAAUGAAUCGGGAGUUCUUGGUGAAGGUGGAUUUGGGCGUGUUUACAGUGGCGUUCUUGAAGACGGAACAAAAGUGGCGGUCAAAGUACUUAAACGUGACGAUCAACAAGGUGGUCGGGAAUUCUUGGCGGAAGUUGAGAUGCUCAGCCGGUUGCACCAUCGAAACUUGGUUCGAUUGAUUGGGAUAUGCACAGAGGAACGAAACCGGUGUUUGGUUUAUGAGCUUAUCCCAAACGGGAGUGUUGAAUCUCAUCUUCACGGAAUCGAUAAGGAAAUCGCACCAUUGGAUUGGGGGGCUCGUUUGAAGAUAGCGUUGGGUGCGGCCCGUGGGCUAGCUUACUUGCAUGAAGAUUCAAGUCCUAGAGUCAUACAUCGAGACUUCAAGUCAAGCAACAUUCUGUUGGAACACGACUUUACUCCGAAAGUUUCUGAUUUCGGUUUGGCUCGGUCCGCUUUAGACGAAGAAAACCAACACAUCUCGACGCGUGUCAUGGGCACCUUUGGGUAUGUGGCUCCCGAGUAUGCGAUGACGGGUCAUCUUCUUGUAAAGAGUGACGUGUAUAGCUACGGAGUGGUUCUCCUUGAGCUCCUUACCGGAAGAAAACCCGUUGACAUGUCAAUGCCAUCGGGCCAAGAAAACCUAGUGGCGUGGGCCCGGCCCCUGCUCCCGACACACGAAGGUCUAAACUUGCUUAUUGACCCAUCACUAAGCCCCGAAGUUCCAUUCGACAGUAUAGCUAAAGUAGCAGCAAUAGCAUCAAUGUGUGUGCAGCCCGAGGUGUCACACCGACCCUUCAUGGGUGAGGUGGUUCAGGCAUUGAAGUUGGUCUGUAACGAGUGUGAAGAAACACGCGACCUGGGCUCAAGGAGCUGUAGCCAAGAGGAUCUAACAUCCAUGGACUGUGAUCCUCAAGCCAGUACAAACUCAGGCCUGGACCCGGGCCCAUCUCGAUCCACCUACCAAAGCUACGAGUCUCCACUAGAUGUGGAGAGUGGGUUUUCGGGACUUCAACGAGAUGUAGAUUCGUAUAGGAUGGGCUCGAGUUCAGGCCCGUUGAGGCCAAGGAGCCGGUUGCAGAUCUGGGAAAGGGUUAAGAGAUUUUCAAGUGGUAGUAUGAACGAUUAUGGAGAGCUUUUAAGGUUCUUGUCACGAUCACGUUGACUUUUUUGAGUUUCGUUUUCUUUACUUUGACCAUGGUUGACCUGACCCGCUAACCGUCGGUGGGCAAAUUUGCUGUAUGAAAUGUACAGAUAAAUGUGUUGAAAUGUAUUUCCUUUGUAUAGUUGUAAAUACACACAGCAAGCAGCAAACAAGAGGUUUCAAAGACUUUUUGAGGCAAUUUUUGUAUAACUUUGUAACAGAACUACGAGAAUCGUAUAAUCACUUUUACGUA